AUGGACCUGAUCUCGAAUUUUUCCAGAGACAUCUGGAUUUUUCUGGCUCUCAGUCUCCUGCUUCUGUAUCUCUAUGGGACAUACACACAUGGACAUUUUAAGAGGCUGGGUAUUCCUGGUCCAAAACCUCUGCCUUUUCUUGGGAAUCUUCUGUCCUAUCUCAAGGGCACAUGGAAGUUUGAUGCGGAGUGCUAUAAAAAGUAUGGGAAAAUUUGGGGAUUAUAUGAAGGUAGACAACCAGUUUUAUUUAUCACGGAUCCAGACAUGCUCAAAACAGUGCUUGUCAAAGAAUUUUACUCAGCUUUCACCAACCGCAAGCCGCUUCGUCCAGCGAUCUUGAUGAGAAAGUCACUUAUUGUAUCUCAGAAUGAACAAUGGAAGAGAAUACGGACAUUGCUCUCUCCCACUUUCUCCAGUGGAAAACUGAAGGAAAUGUUCCCCAUUAUUGAACAGUAUGCAGAUGUGUUGUUGAAAAACCUGAAGCGAGAAGCAGAGAAAGGUGUGCCAGUACCCAUGAAAGAAAAGCAAAAUACACAACUUAGGAAGAAGAAAUACAAUCCUAAUAAAGCUCUGUUUUCAUUCCUUAUCCCAGUGUUUGAGGUGUUCAAUAUAUCCGUGUUUGCAAAAGAGCCUAUACAAUUUUUUGAAAACUUUGUAAGAAGAAUAAGAGAAAAUCGCCAGGACAAUAACCAGAAGCACCGAGUGGAUAUUCUUCAGUUGAUGAUCAAUUCUCAGAAUUUCCAAGAAACGGAGUCCUAUAAAGCUCUUUCUGAUGGAGAGAUUGCAGCCCAUUCAAUUGUUUUUAUUUUUGCUGAUUAUGAGACCACUAGCAGUGCUCUUUCCUUCAUUAUGUGUGAAUUGGCCACUCACCUGGAUGUGCAGAAGAAACUGCAGCAGGAGAUUGAUGCAGCCUUGCCCAAUAAGGCACUCCCUACCUAUGAUGUUCUGGGAGAGAUGGAAUACCUGGACAUGGUGGUGAAUGAAACUCUCAGGUUAUACCCAAUUGUUAGCAGAACUCAGAGAGUCUGUAAAAAAGAUGUUGAAGUUAAUGGAGUGUUCAUUUCUAAAGGAACAGUUGUGAUGGUGCCAAUAUUUGUUCUUCACCAUGAUCCCAAAUACUGGCAAAACAGUGAGGAUUUUCGCCCUGAAAGCAGGUUCAGUAAGAAGAACAAGGAAAACCUUGAGUCUUAUGUAUACAUGCCCUUUGGGGCUGGACCCAGAAACUGCAUUGGCAUGAGGUUUGCACUUCUGAACAUAAAACUUGCUAUCACCAAAGUCCUGCAGAAUUUCUCCUUACAACCAUGUAAAGAAACAGAGAUCCCAUUAAAAUUGAGCAGAAAAAAUCUUCUGCAACCAGAAAAACCCAUUGUUCUGAAGGUUGUGUCAAGAAAUGGAAUCUGA